UGUCUUCCUUCCCUCCGUGCCCUGUGCCCUCCAUUUUGUUUUCCGGAAGGAAAGUUCGGAAAAGUGCAAGUGCAUUUGAUUGUCGAUUUCCGCUUUCCACCUCCACCUCUCCUUGCCGCUUGAUCAAUCAACAGAAAGUACGUCCCAAUCUCUUCGAACUCUGGUAAAAUGCACAACUAUUUUCGAUUGAUUUUCUGUGGAAGGAUUCGCACUUCGUUAUCAUCGUUUCUGAAGUGGCCUCCUCAAUUUUUCUAGGUUCUCUUUCCCAUGUGAGCCAUCAUGUCUCGAGAUGAUAAGAGGACGCCGAAAGCCUUGAAUUUCCGCAGAACUUUUAACGUCUUCGCCUACUUGUGAUAUCAUGAAGUCAUCGGCGUCCCUAAUUUGCCUGCAUUUCAUCUCUUUUUACCUGAACUUCUGCUGUAGUGCUGAAACAGCUUCAUUUUAUGGUGCUAGCUAUGUCUCUGUUCCUUUGCAAGAAGCAAAAAGUACAACAGAACUAUCCCUCAAGUUUAGGACGAAACGUUCUGAUGCUCUGCUUUUCCUAGCUGCGGGUAGAACUGAUUACUGUCUAAUCAUUCUUGAGUCCGGAAAACUGAAGGUUCGAAUCAAUUUGGGCGCUGGUGAAUCUGAAAUCUCUUCACCGAAAGGGUUGCGCUUGAAUGAUCUGUUGUGGCAUCAUGUCACAGUUUCAAGGAGGGAGGCUGACAUCACACUGACAAUCGAUAAAAUCCAUGUUACCAAGGAGAAGUUACCAGGCCGAUUUUUUGAGCUCAACAUUCACUAUGGACUGUUCCUGGGUGGUAUGGGCGAUUUCUCAGAACUGUUUUUGGGGCACUUAGACUGGUUCCGAGGGUGCCUGUCACAAAUAUCAUACAAUGGAGUGGACGCACUCAAGAGAGCUCGUGCUCGGUCGGGUCAGUCGGAUGCCCAGGGUGUAACGUGGAGCUGCGCGCCUGAGUUUGACGCUCCAAAUGAUAGUGAAAUCAGCUUUAUCGAAGAUGGUGCCUACAUAUCGUUACCAAAUUUAAUUUUACGUACUGGAGUAAGGUUGCAAUUCGACUUGAAGACUGUUUUGGACCAUGGUGUCCUCCUGUACAGCUCCGGUCCAGUGGCAGGAGGCCGCGCUGACUUCAUUGGCGUGGAAAUCCUCAACCGGAGGCUUCACUUGCUGUUCGAUCAAGGCAAUGGCCCAAUCGAGCUGUCCAAUGACAACGUUGUAGCCGACGGAGAGUGGCAUACUGUCACAAUCAAUUUGAACCCUACUGUUGCAUCGAUCACUGUGGACAGUCAGAUGCCUUCCACUGCCAAAAUUGCUGCUCAUGCAGGCAACAAGUACUUGGAUCUCUCAGAUAUGCUUUUCUUUGGUGGAAUCGAGCUGAACAAACGAUCCAAAGCGCUCGGGCAAGGGCUGAAAACAGCAGAUGCCAGUUUUAAAGGCUGUGUCAGGAACUUGGAAACAGAUGGUAGGCGCGUAGGAGUGGCCGAUGUGAUGACGUCGCUGGGCAUCAUACCUCAGUGCGUCUGGUCAUUCCCUUGCUCCCAAGAUCCUUGCCUCACCAAAGCCUCCUGUUCACAUCAAGGAGUCAAUUCUUACAAGUGCGACUGUGACCAAUCGACUUGCGCCAAGCCGGACUUUGUGAACCGAGAUAAGAUGUUUCUGAAAACGCCUCUUCCAGUCGCCUUGGAAAUUUUAACUCUGGAGCCCCUGCUUGUAUCCGAAGGAGAGAAUGCCCUCAUAACUCCUGCGCAUAUCAACAUGGUGUUGGAUAGUGUGAAAUACGGUGUUCGCGAAUCCAACAUCUUGUUCUAUCGAGUCGAACCCCCGCAACAUGGUCGACUAUUUCUCGAGGUUUGGGAAAGAGGGUCCAAUCCAAACCAAGUUUUUACUCUGCUGGAUCUGUCGCAAGAUAAGGUCCGAUACCUUCACGAUGGAUCAGAAAACCACCAAGAUAGUAUCACCUUUGACCUCGAGUUGUCCCCAGGGGCUGGUUUCACUCUACCGAAUUACUUGAAAGGCCGGCAUAGAUUUUCUCUCCUGAUAAACAUCACUGCCGUCAAUGACCCUCCUCUGUUGGUCAUUCCCUCCAGCAAAGUGCUCAAAGUCGUCCUGGGGACAAGGAAAGUCUUAUCGGCAGAUCUGCUGUCAGCUUCCGAUCCGGAUACUUCUCCUUCAAGCCUAGUUUACAGUGUGUUCAAUCAGCCGCAAAGUGUUGGUCGUAUCGAAGAGAUCUCGUUUCCAAAUGUCUCUGUGACGUCUUUCACGCAGGAGGAUGUGGAUCAAGGCAGAGUCAUCUACGCUCACACAGGGAACACUACUGGCAACUCAAGGAUUGGAUUUCAGGUGUCUGAUGGAAGCGAGACGAGCGCUCCGUCAUAUCUGCGCAUCGUGGUCGUCCCUCUUCAACUAAAGUUAGCCAAUAACACAGGGCUGAAAUUGGUUCAUAAAACAGCCUCAAAGAUCACUCCAGGAAAUCUGACUUUCGUUACUAAUUCUGAUGACCCAAGCAUCGUAAUCAACUAUCAGAUCGUAGUUCCUCCAAGGUACGGCAGUGUGCAGAGGUUACAGCGAGUGGAUAACUCAGAAAUAUGGCAGAAAACGGAUCAUUUCACCAAUCAGCAGCUUCAGCGUCACGAAAUUCAGUACCAUCACCUAUCUGAGUCACCAGAUUAUGAUGAAUUCAAAUUCAAUGUGUCCGUGCUAGACAUCUCAGCUGCCACAACCUACGAUUUUCGGCUGACAUUUGUGAGGCUCUCCCUUGUUUUGGUAAAUCAUGAAGCUGUGGAAAUGACGACGAAUUUGGAAGUCCCGGUUUCUGCAAAUCAUCUCAUGUUAAUUACGGAUCCUCUUUACACUGAUCCGAGUUCAAUUUUCUUCGAGGUCACCAAGUUACCCCUCUAUGGUAUCCUUAUGCGCAGAAGUCAGAUUUUGUCAGUUGGCUCGACGUUUACUCAGCUGGAUGUGAACAGUGGUUUCAUUGAGUAUAAAACUCACCGAACAACCUACUCCCCUCUCUCUGAUUCAUUUUCUAUUCGAGUGGCAGCACAACACUGCUCACCCAUCACAUCAGUCAGUGUGAUAUUCAACUACACUCCAAACAAAACUCUCAUGAAUAAAGUUCGAACUUACUUUGACAGACUUCAGGUGAUGGAAGGCGGUCUUCAAACGAUAUUAAAAAGUCAGCUGAGUAUAGAGAUCAACGAAGUCUCUCUACUCUAUUACAACGUGACGCAGUCACCUCUCUAUGGCGAACUCAGCAUCCUAGAUCCAGCUCUCUCCUCGAUCGUCAAACAAAACGUCUCGUACUUUACAACUGAAGAGCUGGAAGCGGAGAGGCUCGUCUAUAAGCACGAUGACUCUGAAAGUCGCACUGAUACGUUUAGUUUUGUCGCCUUCUCCAGUCCUCAGGAGGAUUUUCAGUUUGUCAGCACGUUUAACAUUUCUGUAUCAUUGAAAAAUGACAAUCCGCCUAUCUGCGUCACCAGCAAGUGUUUGCAUGUAGUGAAGAAAGGAGAGCGCACAAUAACGAAGGAUGUGCUGGAAUUCACCGACAGUGACAUUGAUUCUACUCCCAAAGAUAUUCAUUACACAAGACACGUUCUACCGAAAGGAAAUAUUUUCAGCAUCCUCAACCCUGGAGUGCCUCUGUUCGACUUCUCUCAGGCGGAAAUCAAUGCAGGUCUAAUCGUCUUCCAGCAUGACGGGGAAGAAAAUGCCAACGUGAGUUUAUGGGUAUCUGAUGGAGUCCAUCACACAGAGUGUGUCUUGGAGAUCGAGGCCUCUGAACCGUAUCUCCGCAUCAUUAACAACACGAAAUUGGUGUUACAGCAAGGAGGCUCCAGCUUUAUUUCGAGUCAGAAUCUCUUCUCGGAGACCAACGUUAACAUUCCCCUGGGCUCAUUGAGGUAUGACAUCAUCGAAGGACCAUCGCACGGUCAAUUGCGGCUAGUAAAUCAGUCUUCUCCUACAUCUACGUUCUACCAAGGCAAUGUGACAAACCUUAAGCUACUGUACCAGCACAACGGCAAUAAAGAUUCGAUCAAGGAUGCUUUCAAAUUCAGAAUCGCAGCAGAAAGUGUGACACAGGAGGACAUUUUCAACAUCAGAGUGUUUCCUGCGAGUUACUGGGAGCCGCUAUCUGUCCUGAACCAGUCGACCCUCAUCGUCGAAGAGUCAACAAGUGUGAAAAUCACUCAACAAGUAUUGCUGGCGCAGCAAUCGAAUGUCCUUCCAUCAGAUAUCAUUUAUCACGUUAGGAAAUCCCCAAUGCAUGGGUACUUGGAAGUGGAGCAUUCGUCGGAGGAUGGGAAGGACAGGAUCCUCACAACUUUCGACCAGUCGAUGAUCGAUAGCGGCAAAGUUCACUACGUUCAAGCGACAGCCAACCAAACGAAGGAUAGAAUAGUUUUGGACAUCACCAACGGCAUCACUUGGUCCCGUGGUAUUAUUGUGAAUAUUGUCGUUGUACCCGAAAUUCUUUUCCUCGGAAGCGGUCAGAUGCGAGUUGACGAGGGCGGAAGUGUGACGUUGCUCCCUCUACUAGUUCCAGUACUGAGCGAAUACUAUUCUCCGCUGAUCUCAGAGUAUCAUGUCACUAAACAGCCGCGCUUCGGCAAAAUCAUUUCAACGACUUCCUCAAAUUCAAAAAAUUCCAUCUCUCGGUUCUCUGCGCAGCAGCUUCAGGCAGGGCAAAUAUUGUACGUUCAUGAUGGCAGCGAAGUGUCAGGGGAUAUUUUCACUCUGAUUGCCAAAGCUGGUGACAAAGAAAGCACGCCAGCCAACGUUCACGUGAAUGUAACACUAGUUAACGAUCAGCCUCCGAACGUGGUGAACAACACAGUUCUAUCCCUCUGGCGAGGAGGAUUCAAAGUUAUUUCCCCUCAGUUUUUAGCUGCCUCUGACAAAGACACGCCUCCAGAAAAUUUAACCUUUGCAAUUGUAUCAGCUCAGAAUGGUCAUGUAGCAAUUAAAGGAAGCAUCUCACAGAUGGUCGACAAAUUUACUCAAGAGCAGAUCAAUAACAAUUCCAUCGUUUUUGUCCACUCAGGUCAGCCAAUGAACGGUGAGUUUGAUUUCGUGCUUAGCGAUGGAGUCAAAUCAUCUGGUCCUCACACUUUCAGAACAAAAUGGAAUCAGCCAAACCUGAUCGUACGGAAGAAGAAUCGCCUUCACGUUUUCCCUCUUCUCCGAAAACCCAUCACAGCAAGCCAUCUCCUGGCUCUUUGUUCAGAUGAGGAUGCCCCAGUCAUUUUCGUGAUAAAACGAUCUCCAUCCAAAGGCAUUUUACUGGUCAACAAUUCCACUCCGUUGACAGCGUCGAAUUUCUCCCAGGCGGAUGUGAACCAAUCCAGCAUAUGGUACCAGCAUAAAACACCGUUCGGCGAGAGCGCAAACAAUGACUCUUUUCUAUUUGACGUAUUUUCCUCAUCUGCUGAGCCCAUUCGUGAUCAGGUUUUUAACAUCGACAUUUCGGUCUCUCACGGAGGUAUUGACGAACUCCUUGACCAGAAGAUCGCACUUAAAACAGAAGAGGGUGGCUCCAUACCCAUCAAAUUGAACACAUCUGGACUCGUCUCGUUUCUGAAAGAAAACGUCGGCAUCAUCAGCCCUGAAAUUCAGAUCCACGUCCUUGCUCCACCCAGCAAUGGUGUGCUGUGUCUGAUGGGCGCUUCAAAGCAUGGUAUAGAGUGCAACAUCACUGUCUUCACUCGCUCUCAAAUCAACUCAGGCAUGGUAACGUACCGUCACGAUCAUUCUGACACAACAACCGACGAAAUCCUUCUUUCGCUCCUUCUUGACCCGGGGGAUGUCCUUCUUUGUAAUAUUUCGUUGGCGCUAGAAAUUUUCCCCGUCAACGAUCAACCGUUCAAACUAUUGACAACUUCUCCGAAAAUUUCGGUCGUUCAAGGUCAGAGCCAUAUUAUUACUGAUGAGUACCUUGCUACGGAAGACUUGGACACUGAACCAGAUCAGAUUUUCUAUGAAAUUGUGAGUGCCCCCAGCCACGGUCAUUUGAUUUUGAAUGGUAGCACGAAUGUUGAUCGUUUCACUCAGGCUGAUGUUAAUUGUGGACGGGUAAUAUACGUCCAUGACGGUCCGUUGCAAGCGACCAGCUUCUAUUUUCGAGUUUGGGACGGGCAGUUUACUCCGAAUUACACCAUUUUUAACAUCGCUGUACUCCCAAUCAAAUUAAACAUAACUCUACUGAAAGACAUGUUCAUUAAGCAAGGCUCCAGUUCGGUUCUAUUGUCUGAAUCUAUUUUUUCCAUAGAAACAAACACUAAACUUGAGAGUAUCAUGUUCAAUGUUACUACACUGCCUAAAAAUGGAAUAAUUCUCGUUCAUAAUUUUUCUAGCCUUUCUUUUAAGCACUCUGAUCUCACUUCUAAACGAGUAAUGUAUGUUCAGACUAAUAUGACAGCUCCAAACGAUGAGUUUGAGCUAUGUGCCUUCUUUUCUUUCGAAGACGCUCCGAAAGUUAAUAAUAUUCAUGUUAAUGUAACGGUGGAUGCAUUGUUCAGAGCAGGACAAUUCGUUCCCUUUUCGGGGACCAAGGUCAAACUCACAACUGAUUUCUUAGAUGCUAGUCAACUAGCAAAACUCUCCAACGCGGAUCCUUUCUAUAGAAUAUUACGGAAACCCAAAUGGGGCAAAUUGAAGAAAAUUAUUCGAAGCUCAGGUGAGAAACAUUCGAGUAAGGAGAAAGAAGUUAGCAAAUUUUCUCAUGAAGAAAUCCGUAGCGGAGUAAUAUAUUAUGUUGCUAAAAAAUUCCCGGAUACGCAGGAAGACAGCUUCCAAUUUAUGCUUUCUGUGGCUGCCUUUCAACCAGCCAUCGAAGAAUUACGUUUUCAAGUCAUUGGAGAACUCGGCACUCCAACGACAACUUUCUCUCCGUCUUGGCCCCGAAUUCCAGGUCAAAAGUUUUCGAUCAAUCCUGACUCAGGGGUAGAGAUCGCCAGUCCAAACAUGAGCGACGAUUACCUCUUAUUCGUGUGUAUGAUAAGUGGGGUGAUAGCAUUGUCGAUAUUUAUUGUGAUUCUCGUUAGAUGUAGGUCCAAGCCUCCGUGUGAUAGUCCAGGAAAUGAUAAAAUGGACCUCCCUGCGCCUUUACCCUUACCGCGACCCCCGGAUGACUUGAUGCCCUCUUCACCGCACCCUAAACGACACGCGCCUCCCUCAACUAGGUGUAGGGUGAUCCCCAUGAGCCAUCCGAACUCUGUAACCAGUUCCGAACCGGAACGGUCGGAGGCAGAUUUGAAUUUCAGGUACCCUUACGGUACCGUUGAUGAGGAUUGGAGCAGUUAUGAGCCCUCUGAAUCCAAUUAUGCUCAGAACCAACACGUUCCCAUGCUCAGAAGAAAUCAAUACUGGGUUUGAUAUUACCUCGAAACCUGCCUCUUUCAACGCUAACUUGAGGCUGGUUUUCCUUGUCUUUUGUUAAUUUCUUAUCGUGUAAAUAUUGAGAACUUUUUACUGAUUUUUUUUACCUAAUUGUAAUUAGCUCAUAUAUAUUUUUUAAGACUGUUAGUUUGUUUUUCAAGGUGACUCGGUCCCAUGUAAUAAGUGCAAGGAUUCAGUCACUUUCAUUUGCACAGUUCCUCACUGUGAGCUUUUUUUCAGGUGUCAGGUAGGUCAGAACUUUCUUCAGGCAAUCUUAGAUGCCAAGGUCCCCUCCCCUUUUUUUUAUACAUAUACGUCUUCAUGUAUGUUAAAUUAAUUUUUGACCUUAAAAUCUGAAAAAUUUUGAAGACUAGUUCACAUGUCUUCUUGAAAAAUGAUGUCUUUUCUGUUGAAAUCAGGCGGUAUUUGAAUGUUGGUAUGUUUUUCUCUAGCAUGCCAAUCAGUUCCUAUUAGGGAUUCAAGGUGUUCAAAUUUUAUUUCGGAAAAGUAAUCAAUCUGAAGAAGUCUCUAUUUGUAUAGGAACGUUCCAAGUCAGUACUUGAAUAUUAGUAAUGACCGUAUUUCAUAUUGACUUCAUACAUUCUUAUUUCAUAUAUUUUACCACUUAAAAUUUGGUAAGUUACUUUAAUGGAUGUAACGCCAAAUUGAUUAGAGUUGCCCAUCUGAAUAUUCCCUUCAACUCCUUCUUUUUUUCUCAGUUCCCCUGAAGGUUUUUUUUCAUCAAAGACAGAAAUAACUACGAAAAUUUGUUAAAAAACGUCGAUGUGACCAGAUCUGUGAGAAGGGUAGCAACAUUUAUGAAGUUAGCACAAUUUUGAUUUGCCAAAAAUAUAUUUGUUUGGGACUUAUAUAAGGUUGUUGCUAAAAGUUCAGACAAAUUUUCUCCGGAAAGACAUGGUCCCUUUUCACAGAUCUAGUCAUAAAUUGUAUUCAAUUUUCAUCCAAUUCAUGCAGUGAGUGUAAAAAUGUACUGAAAUUAUAAGUCACAUUUUGGCAUGAACCCAUCUAUUGCACUGAAAAAAAGCUCAUCUGAGUCGAAAAGAUUGGCCGCAGUAAGGAUAAUAAGAACGUUUCCUACCCUCAUUUUCAUGUGGUGUGACUGUACUAAUUUUCACCCAUAGUUGGUAGAUUGAGUCUUUUGGACUGUGUGUUUAUAAUAAGGAUAUUAUGUCUUCUGUGAAGACCGAGAAAUCUAAUGGCCACUAUGUUAGGUGCAUCUUUGAGUACUCUGCCUGCUUAUUUCUACCUUUUGAUUGAAUUGUUGAAGCUGUAAAUUAUAGACCCUUGUAAAGGUUGUAUCAAUAGCAAGAAUCGCAGUAAAUGCGGGAUUUUUUUUAAGCUAUCUCAGAUGUUUCGGAAAUUUUGAAGCAUAUAGUUUGCAUAGAGUUGCAAAGCAUUUUAUCAUUGUACUUCCUCCAGAAAAGUCGUUUGAACCAUCAGUCAGCGUUAUUGAUCAUUCCAGUCAAAUUUUCUAAUAAAGCUAAGCAUCUUUACUAGAACGAGGUUUGUUCGGAGAAUCAAACACACCCAGACCGUAACUGAAGCGCUCUGUGUGAGCAGGGAUCAUCUCGGUCGCGGCUUUUCAGGAUCAUAGUUAAUAUUUUACUGAUCGCAAGGAAAGUGAAGGCAUGCAUUUCAUUAAAAUUUUUACUGUAAAUUUUUCAUGACUAUCGAAUGGGAACUUGGCGGCUAAAUUUGACACAUACAGAUAUUUUCCUAUUUUUCUUGCACAGUCGGAGAGAAUUAACAAACUGUGUGACAAAUAAGUCCGAAAAUUUCUUUAGAUCUCUCUAUUCAUAAAGCCCAAUGAAGACGAGAAUUUUUUUCCGGAACAUCCACAGAUACCCUGAUUAGACUUAUCAACCCUGAAGUGCCACCUUCUCUACUGAUAGUCUUUUAUUUGGACACAAGGGUCUCCUUUAUUUGUUAUGUUGAUAGCUAUGUGUUUGUAUCGGAGAGCAUUUUAUGUUCAAAAUUCGUCUGUACAUUACAAAAUUUUUUCAAAUGUACCAGUGUAGAUAUUUCAGUCGUUAAUUUUUAAGUCUGUAAUUUCGAAGCACAUAAAAUUUUGUCUACCGAUUCCAUA